AUGAAUCUCCUUAUGGAGUUAGUCCUGCUUCUGCCCUUACUGUUCAUUUUCUAUUUAGAAUCUUUUGUCAAGCUUUUUAUUCCUAAAAAAGGAAAAUCAGUCACUGGAGAAAUCGUCCUGAUUACUGGAGCUGGACAUGGAAUUGGGAGGCUGACUGCCUAUGAAUUUGCCAAACUUAAAAGCAAACUGGUACUCUGGGAUAUCAAUAAGUAUGGCAUAGAGGAAACGGCAGCUGAAUGUAGAAAACUGGGUGCCCAGGCUCAUUCCUUUGUAGUAGACUGCAGUAACCGAUAAGAUGUUUACAACUCUGCAAAGAAGGUGAAAACAGAAAUUGGAGAUAUUAGUAUUUUAGUAAAUAAUACUGGUAUAGUCUACACAUCAGAUUUGUUUUCUACACAAGACCCUCAAAUUGAAAAGACCUUUGCAGUCAAUACACUUGCACAUUUUUGGAUUACAAAGGCAUUUCUCCCAUCGAUGAUGAAGAAUAAUCAUGGUCACAUUGUCACUGUGGCUUCAGCAGCUGGGCUAAUUGGGGUUCCCUUCUUACUGGCUUAUUGUUCAAGUAAAUUUGCUGCUGUUGGAUUUCAUCGAGCUUUGACUGAAGAACUGAAUGCCUUCAAAAAAAAUGGAAUAAAAACAACCUGUCUUUGUCCUAAUUUCAUAAACACUGGCUUCAUCAAAAAUCCAACCAGCAAUUUGGAACCCACCCUGGAACCUGAGAAAGUGGUGGAGAAGCUAAUGAAUGGGAUCCUGACUGAGAAAAGGAUGGUUUUGGUUCCAUCCUCUCUAAACUUUUUACUUAUCUUGGAAAAGUUCUUACCUCAACGUUUCCGGGAAAUUUUAAAAAGAGGAGCAAACAUUAAGUUUGAUGCAGUUAUUGGAUAUAAAGUAAAAGAACAAUAA